CUUCAUAAUUUCUCAAUGGACCAGGAAUUUAAUGUGACAUAUUUAACUCUUGACGGACACAUGGAGCUUCACAGGUUCAGGUACCUCUACUUUACGGUGGUUCUCACAGUGUACGUCCUGAUUUUGUGCAGUAACUGUACUGUAGUUUACCUGAUCUGGAAACAGCCAACCCUCCAUGAGCCCAUGUACGUGUUCAUCGCUGCUCUGUUACUCAACUCUGUUCUUCUCAGCACCAACAUCUACCCAAAGCUGCUUCUGGACUUUCUGUCAGACACACAGGUCAUUUCAUUCUCAGCCUGCCUCUUUCAGUUUGCAGCUUUAUAUUCGUUGAUCGACUCAGAGUUCCUGCUGCUGGCGGCCAUGGCCUACGACAGAUACGUGUCCAUCUGCAAACCUCUGCACUAUCAGUCUAUUAUGACCAGAAGGACAAUCAGUAUCUUCUUGACUCUAGCUUGGCUCCUGCCGGCGGCUGAAUUUGUGGCCAUGGCAGCAGUCAGAGCCAAGCAGAGGCUCUGUGGCUUCACUCUGCAGGUGAUUUUCUGUAACAACUCCAUCUACAAACUGUUCUGUGAGACUUCAGCAGCAGUUUCUUUUUAUGGUAUCUUCAUAUUGCUAAACAUGGUAGCUUGUCCUGUGCUCUUCAUCCUGUUCACCUACGCUAGGAUCCUUCUCAUUUGUUACCACAGCUGUGGAGAGGUCAGGAGAAAAGCUGCUCACACCUGUUUACCUCACCUGCUGGUCUUAGGCAACAUGUUUUUCUUGGUAACGUUUGAUGUCAUUACAGUUCGACUGGAAGCUAAUAUUCCAAAAAUGGCUCGUUUAAUUCUGACAUUACAGUUAAUUUUAUAUAACCCUCUGUUUAAUCCAAUAAUGUACGGACUAAAGAUGAAGGAAAUCUCAAAACACCUGAAGAAGCUGUUUGCUGCUAGAACCAGGUAA